AUGUCAGUCUCGAGCUUGAGUGCCAAAUCUUCAGCGGAGUCUCUGCGGAGCAUUUCAUCAUUCGGCUCAGCACCGGACAAGCUCGCGCCUUCCGUAGAAGGUUCCAUGGUCUGGAAGAACUCAGAACUCGACCCGACCAAGUAUGUCGUCAAUCUCAGUGCCGCCGAAGUCUCUGAAGUUCGAUCUGCUGUCAUCUCGAUAAAAUUGCAGAAAAGUGCGCCCGAGCAAAUCAGCAAAGAUAAUUUCCCUCUGAGCAAAGACUUUUCUGCAAAGCUGGCUGCUGUUAGCAAGCAAAUCCACGAGGGCUUCGGCGUUGCUGUUAUCCGUGGCCUUGAUGCAGCUAGGUUCAACGAUGAGGAAGCUGUCAUCGCCUUCGUCGGCAUUUGUGCACACACCUGCCCUUUGCGUGCUACAGACUCAUAUGCGAACCAGACGUUGAGUAUGUCCCCUUUUAUUUGCCACGUCCUUGACGCAACACACCGCAAGGUUCCGCAUUGGGCCAAAGAUAUCGGUCUUGCUGGCUCGAAAAUCACGGCAAAGAUGGAUUUCCACAACGAUCGAUUCUCUGGCGAUGUCCUCGCUAUGCAUGUGCGGGAUGAUGGCGGCGCUGGCAAUGGCGGCGAGCAAUACCUAGCUUCCUUCUGGAGCAUCUACAACGAACUGUUGGAAAAGGACCCGGCCGUGCUUGAGACGAUGGCCGAGGCUCGGUGGCCUUUCGAGCUUAAACAAAAAGACGCGGCUCCGUACCUGGAGCUUGGUCCCACACUUCUCUUCUCGAAGGGUAAGCCUAUAUGUCAACUUGUCAAGGCGCCACUCCUAGGUGGCCUUCAUAUUCCUCGCGAUCCGAGCAUGCCGGACCUUUCAAAGGAGCAAAUGCAUGCCAUCCACGCAGUGGAGGAGGUGGCUCAGAAGGUCUGCACCAAGCUUGAUCGCCAGCAAGGCGAUAUCCAGUUCAUCAACAACCUGAGCGUCAUGCACGCUCGUGCAGCAUAUGGCAAGACGGAUGAGCCUAGCACACGACACCUUCUGCGAAUGUUCCUUCGCGAUCCCCAGAACGCUUGGGAUAAGCCUGAUGCCUGGAAGCACAACUUCGACGAUCCUUUCACGCCUGGUCGUCGUCAGGAGAUCCCGAUCCGUGACCUCGACCCCUGGCGCAAGAUCAGUGGUCGCGAGAGCCACGGCUAA